AUGACUCCAUUUCAGAUAGUCUAUGGACGAAUCCCACCCACCCUUAUCUAUUUCACCGGCAAACCAACCGUGCCGGACGGUCUGGAACAACAGUUGCAAGAAUGGGAAGAGGUUCUCACACAGCUCAGAGAGAAUUUGGAAUGCACCCAAGCAAGGAUGAAACAAUUUGCCAACUGCAAGCAAAGAAAACUUGAGUUCCAAGUAGGUGAAUGGGUCUACCUUCAUCUACAACCAUGUCAUUAG